CUUGCCCCGGCUCGUGGAAAGCCGAACUCUCGCCCGGUAGUGGAUGAUUCGUCGCUCUCCUCGUCGGGUCUGCUGGCGCGGGACGCUCCGAUGACCCCGGCUGGAGCCGCCGCCGCCGAGCGGAGCGGGAGCCGAGCGGAGCCGCAGGAGAUGGCGUCUCAGCCGCCGCCGCCGCCGAAGCCUUGGGAAACUCGGAGGAUCCCGGGGGCCGGAACAGGACCCGGGCCCGGCCCCUCCUUCCAAUCUGCUGAUUUGGGUCCUACUUUAUUGACAAGGCCUGGGCAACCAACUCUUACGAGAGUACCCCCACCAAUUCUUCCAAGGCCAUCACAGCAGACAGGAAACAGCAAUCUGAACACUUUUAGACCUGCUUACACUUCCUUUUCUUCUGGUUAUGGAGCAUAUGGAAAUUCAUUUUAUGGAAGCUACAAUCCUUACAGUUAUGGAUAUGGAGGGUUGGGGUAUAACCGGUUCCGUAUGGAUGAUCUUCCUCCCAGCAGAUUUGUCCAGCAAGCUGAAGAAAGCAGCAGAGGUGCAUUUCAGUCCAUUGAAAGUAUUGUGCAUGCAUUUGCUUCUGUCAGUAUGAUGAUGGAUGCCACCUUUUCAGCUGUCUAUAACAGUUUUAGAGCUGUUUUGGAUGUAGCCAAUCAUUUUUCCCGGUUGAAAAUACAUUUCACAAAAGUGUUUUCAGCUUUUGCAUUAGUUAGGACUAUACGGUAUCUCUACAGACGAUUACAGCAGAUGAUGGGUUUAAGAAGAGGCUCUGAGAAUGAGGAUUUGUGGGCAGAAAGUGAAGGUACUGUGGCUUGCCUUGGCCCAGAAGACAGAGCAGCUAACUCAGCAAAAUCUUGGCCAAUAUUCUUGUUCUUUGCUGUUAUCCUUGGGGGUCCUUACCUUAUCUGGAAACUGCUAUCUACCCACAGUGAGGAAGUAACAGCAACCACCAAUUGGGCGAGUGGUGAGGAUGACCAUGUUGUAGCCAGAGCAGAAUAUGAUUUUUCUGCUGUUUCUGAAGAAGAAAUUUCUUUCCGGGCUGGUGAUAUGCUAAACUUGGCACCCAAAGAACAACAGCCCAAAGUUCGUGGCUGGCUUCUUGCUAGCCUUGAUGGCCAAACAACAGGACUUGUGCCAGCUAAUUAUGUCAAAAUUCUUGGUAAAAGAAGAGGUAGGAAAACAGUGGAAUUGAAUAAGAUUACAGAGCAGCAACGAGCUUUUACCAACUCAGCCCUAAUUAGUGGAACCACUGCUGCUGACACAUUGGAGGAGCAGGAAGCAGCCUUUGAAUCUGUUUUUGUUGAAAAUAAUAAGGUUCCAGUUACAUCUGAAUCCACUGGCAAAAGUGGAGAUAAACAAGAUCUUUGAUAUCCUUCAUGUUUACUUACAAUUGAACUGUUUUCAAAAAAUAUGAUUUUGAUAUUUCUUUGAAAGAAAUAGCCCACAAUCUAAUGCAAACGUGUUUUGGCUAUCAUAGAUGUUUUUGCUGCUAGAAAAAUAUUUAAGGUGUACUUUAGUAAGCUGGUUCAGAACGUAACCUGGUUGCUUUCUACAAGUUAUUGGAGCAGGAGGUUUUCUUAGUCCUGGAUUAAGACUUCCUGUUUCUCAUCAAAUGCCCCAUUGUUUAUUGAAAGAGUUACUUUGAUGAGCUAUAGAAUGUAUUGUUUAUUGGAAUGUAGAACUCUGAUUUUUUAAGACUUCUAAACAGAUUGUCUGAGAAUGCUCAGAAAGUAGGAGAUAAUAUAUAAAAAAGUAAGAACCAACUUAAAAAAAAAGAGUUAUUGGUAGUUUUUAAGGAAUUUAACUACCCAAAGUGGGUUAAGGGCAGGUAGCCAGAGAUUUGUCCUUUAAGUAAGAACUCCUGGAUAAUAAGAAUUAUAUGACCUUUAUUGCAGCCCAGUUCUGCAUCAUUUGCUUUUGAUUAUAUUUUUCCACCUUUUCAGAAUAAUUUCAUAUUCAUCCUUUUUUUAAUAUCUUGAAAAGUUCACUAAAAGCAUUGGGAAUAAAACUACUUCCUAGAAUGAUUUAAAGACUGUAUGCAGCACCAAAAUCUUCCCUAGGUAGUUGUGAUCUUUUUUUUUUUUUAACUCCAGAAUGUCUCCAUUUCUUUGUGCUGAGAGUCCUACAUCUUUUGAGCCCUUAAAAAUAUGGCUACUUUUAUGAAAAGAGAGAGUGCAGUAGAGGUACUUUUCCCAAAAAAAAACCUGAACAUACAAGCUCUUUGAGGCUGAGUAAAAUGAUUUACCCAGUUCUAGCAGUGGUGAUAUUUAACUUUCUCAUUUAAACCCUGUUUAUAUCUUAGUAUGAUUACUUUUUAAAAUUUCGCGUGCAGAUAGUCCUACAAAGAUAUUAAAAAUGAUACAGGUUAUUUCCUUUAGAUUUAGGAUUUGUAACUAACAAAGCAAAGCAGAUCACAAAAUACUAUAUUGCCAUUCAGUUAAGUAACCUACUUGAUUUGAGUCUUUGUUUAAAUAAUGAUUUCAAAUGCAACUAAAUUUCAGGGUGCUUAAAUAUCUUAUAGCAAAAUCUGGAGAUUCCUGUAAACCAUGAUCAUAUAUGACAGUGAUUGCUACAAAGUAAUUUUAACAUUAAGCUCAAAAUAGUAAAGUACUUUAAGAUGAUGUCUAAAACUGAAUUAUUUGAUAGAAUUAUGAAUUAGUAUGCUUUUACAUUUCUUCUGUUGAACUUUAUGUUCACUAAAUGAGCAAUUUUAGAACAGACUCUACAACAUGAGUAGCCUAAAUGAAACUUACUAAAGGAUAUCUCUGAAAUUUGUUUUUUAAAAUAGACAUCAUUUAAAUUAGUACUCCUAUCUGAACAGGAAAAUGGAACAUCUUAGAAUUUUAAAAUGUAUGAGAGAGCUAAAAAGGUGUAGAGAAAAUAAACUUCCUAAAUAUGUUGCUUAGAGAUUCAGCCAAGGUAUAUAACAAAUCUUUAAAUAUUAUUUAUCAUUAUUCGCUUUUUCUGAUUUUUGUGGUUAUUCUUAGAUGUAAUUGCUGGGAUCCAGUUCAUGGAAUCUAAAUCUCAUACCAAAAUUUCUAAAGCAGAUUAGUUAUUUAAUUUGAUGUUGGAACAGCCAAAUUGAAUGGGAGUACAAUGGAAGUAAAAAAGCCCUGAAACUUGGUGGUGGCCUCAUUAAAUUUGAUGGGAAGUAUUUAUUUAGUUCCUAGGCUAGGGAUUGUGGUUGCUAUUAAGAAUGAAGAAGGAAUAACAGAGGAUAAAGUAAAAAGGUGGAUAAAUAUAGCUUCAUCUUUCAUUGAGGUCGUUCUUAUGUCCUUGAUGUUUUUAGUAUGGUAGGUUGCUAUAUAAAUUACCUGACUAGUGAGUGUAUGUAUGUGUGCGAAUCCCUAUUUUACUGGAAAACCAGGAAGGGAAUUAAGAAUUUUGAGUAAGCAAAGAAAGUCUUUGAAAUUUCUGUUAUCAUGACUUUUACAAUAUAAUUUUCAAGUAGGGCUAAAUUUGUUUGCUGUUCAGGUCCCCAGUUUUUUUGCUUCAUCAAUUAUUUAAUUAAGGAAUGGACAUUUUAAAGAAACUAUUAAGCAAAACAUUUUCAAGUUAAUAUCCUCACAUUAUCAAUAAGCAGACAUUUAGCAUUCUCAGUUUUUCUGAUUGUAUUCUUUGACCUAUCAGCUUAAAGAAAACAAAGUAAAGCUAUUGUAGUUAGUCAUUUAAUGUUUUAAUUUUUAGGUAUCUGAUUUAGUCUAUCACUGUGUCAUAACUAUACAUUAACCUGAAUAAAACUAUACUUUGUCUUUUGUUUUCUUAAUGAAAAAAAGACAGAGAAAAUGGAUACAGUUAAAAUAUAUUUUAUUUUUAAAUGAUUGUGAAAUCACAUGUACUGUAUAAAUAAAAAUAAAUUAAAUUUCACUGAUAUUUUCUGCAGGUGACCUGAUAUUCUGUUUCUUAAUCCAGAAGGUAUUGAGAAGUGUUUAUAGGGUUUUUUUUGUUGUUUUUUUUUAAAGUUAAUUUUCUCAUGUUAUUCAUAUCAGACUAUUUCCAACCCAUUUAUAUGUUCAAUUUCUUCUGUAUUUAAAUAGCUCCCAAUAAAAAUAGUUUUAUGUUGUUAUAAAAGUUAUAUUAAAUGCUGUAUAACUGGUAUAAAGAAGCUAAGACAGUGAAUCUGAAGACCUGGACCUAGCGCCAUCACUAAUUAUUGAUGUGUCCUUGGGCAAGUCACAUAACCAUUUGUCUCAGCUGCAAAAAAGGAAGAAAUAGGUGCCCUACCUACCUCACAGGGCUGUUGUGAGGAUCAAAUGUGAUUGUGUAUUUAUGAAAAUUAUUUGAAAAGCAUCAUAUAACAAAUACUGGGAUGGAGACAAUACAGCCAUGAUUUUGGCAGCCAGCAGUAUGUUUGUUAGAAUGCUAUAUACGUAAAUAUUAGUCCAGGAGAAUGGAAGAGGAUAGAGAAGACAGUAUAAAUUAUGUAAUUUAACAUUUUUUCAUAAAGAUACAUAUACAGCAAAAGUUCUUAACCUGGGGUCCAUGAACCCCACUGUGGUUUGUGGAUAGAUUUCAGAGGGUCCUUUAACUUGGGAGGGAGGGAAGAGAAUUCAUCUUUUUUCUCCCGAAUCUCUAAAGAAAUAGCAUUUUCUUCAAUUUUGAAUGUAGGCAGCAAACAUUCUUAGAAGAAGGGAUCCAUAGACGUUACCAGACUCAUAGCAGUCCAUGACAUAAGAAGGAUUAAGAACCUCUGCGACAGAGCUGAAAUGUAGCCAUUGGUAGCAGUAAUCUUGUAUGUGUAGAAUACUUUUUUACCCUUGAAAACUUAAUUGUUUUAUCAAUUAUGACAUAGUUAUACAUGAUAUAUAUAAUAAUUACAUAUAAUUCUGCACAAAAUAAAACAAAAAAUACAUCUGCCAAAUAAUACAGCAAUUUAUUAUAGAAACUAUGAUGAGAUUUUUAUGUUCAUCCAGAAAAGUGAAAUUAAAUUUAGCUUUUCUUUCUUCCCAAAAAGUUCUCUCGUGCUGAUUUAUCUAAAACAGAAGGGUGAAUUGAUCCAUUUUUCAGAUGGUUAAAUCAUGGAAUGUACAUAUACUAAAAGCAAUUUUUUCCAAUUCUGCAUAUUUUUUUCAGUUUCUUAAUAUUCUUUCCUUGUCUCAUUAAUUAGAAACAUAUACAGUCUUUUUUUAACCUCACUAGAAAAAUUUUAUUCAACCACUUAUUUAUUUUUAAAUUUUAUUGUAUUCAGUUACUAUAAUUGAAUAAAUCAGGGUUCUUUUUUUGUAAAACAAGUAAAUCUCAAAGAUUUAGUUUAAUGGCAUUCAAUUAGAAUGAAUGGGAAGUUACAUUAUGGUAACAUGUAUCUUAAGGGAAAUGUGUUCAUAGGAAUCUUACAAGUACUGUAUCUGUACUCUAAUGCCUCUUGGAAGAAAAAUUUGACUGUGUGAAGAGAAAUGUAAAACUUUAAGAAUUUUUGAAGCCAUGGGGGGAUUUUCUUUGGGGGCAAAGGAGACUGAGAGAGAUAUAUGCCAAGAGGAAAAGGACUCAAAAUUUGAAGGGAAAAAUUGAAACAUGCAUAAUACUUAUUUGUUAGGACUUUUUUUACCUAAAGACAUUGUUAGUUAAGGAACAUAGAAACAUAUCGUAUAUAACCUGGCUAGUUCAGAAAUGUAUCACGUUCUGAGAACUGAGAGAUUUUUUUAAAUUUUGGGAGCCUUCACAGCUCUACAUACAAACUAGUUUAAAUUUGAAAUUCUUGGACUGGGACAUCAAUAAGCAUUUUAGGGAUACAUAAUUGAAAAAUUAAGCUCUUCUUUAGAAGUAAGCAAUUUUUUUUCUCUCUCUCAGGCAGUGUGUUCUAUGUACCAUCUUUUUAUGACUCUCUUGUGUCUCAACAAUACCCAACAUAAAUUGACUCAUGAAUUCUUCAGUUCAAGCUCUUCAAUUUAUUCACAUUACAUCUUUGCUUCUGUAAAUGACCCUGGACUGAGAUUUUUGCCAUUCAUAGUUUCUCUUUGUACUGUCAAAUCCCUCAAUCUUUUAGCCCCUUUGCACAAGCCAUUUGGUUAGGCAAAAAAAAAAAAUCUAAACUCAAAUAAUUAUCUCUUCUGGUAUCUGAUCUGUAUUUUAAUCCCCAUUUUAAUAUUUUACUAAAUGUUCACCCCUGUAGUCUUACUGACAAUUACUAAGAAUGCCAUUUUCCUUUAGAGAUUAUAAAAGGGAUCACCUUGCACCAUUAUCUUUUUGUAGUGUUCCCCUUGAUGCAAAGAGGUAGGUACUCCAUAAAGGAAAAAAAAAUAGCAUAUGGCCUUCAUUGUGAAUAUACUGAUGUUAAUUGUAAAUGUGACAUUAAUACAGUGUUAAAUUUGGUAAUUUACAUUAUGUUAACAGUAUGUUUUAUUUUCCUAGUCCAAUUUAAAUGGUGCACUAUUAGCUUUUCACUCUUCUAUCAUGUUUUACUGGAUGUUCUGGUAUACAAAUAGAUAUUAAUAAAUACUUUGGUAAUCCAUUAAAAAGCAAAAUAAAAUGCUUUAUGCACUUAAUUGUUUGCAUCAUGGAUAACCAGAUGCUUGCUUGAAGUCUGUCCCCUCCCUCCUCCCCAUUCUAAAUUAUCAGAGCUGAGUAGAAAGUACACAGUAAAGAUGUUAUGUUCUUGAAUCCUUUAACCUAUUGUUAUCCAGAUUUAGCUGUUCUAGCCAACAGUAAGUUCUGUGAUUCUAUAAAGUUGUAAAGGAGGUUUUGGAGUGAUAGAGUUGGACCACUCCCUCCCCUCCAUGCCAUCAUUUAGAGAAAAGGCUCAUCUAAACAUUUCCACAUAUCUGAAAGAUGAAUUGUUCCAAAGAUUUUCAAGUAGAUAAUUAUAUGAGAUUUUUUAAUUUUUAAAAAACUGUGUAGUAUCUAGCCCUUUUACUAUUUUGAAUUUUUUUUGCUUUCUCAAGUUUCAUAUAUGUCUACUGACAACCUACUUCACUUUCUUUAGACCUGAAAGUUACUGAUCAACUAAGGAAUUUGAAGUAACUGAUUUUUUUCCUGUAACCUACUUUUACAAGACAAUGCAAUAUUUGGAAUUUAUUCUUUUAAAAAAUUAAAAAGACAACUUCCAGAGUCAGUAUACGAUCAGCCUACUCUUCUAUAACUUUUAUAUUUGUAGUGCUGUGCUGUUAUAAUUGGUAUUUAUAAUGCUAUUUUAAGGCAGAACAAGUGCUUUCUGAAGUAUUAAGAUGGUCAGAAUAGUUUAAUGCAUUUUGUGUUCUAAUGCAUUAUUUUUAAUAAAUUGAUAAUUCAUGUAUGGUAAUAUGUAGUUAUUUUGUUAACCAAACUAAUUAGCCAGACUAUCCAGUUUUCCAAAUGUUCUCAAUAAAUAGGAUUUUACUGUAGUUAGUCUAGUUGACCUUUUUACUUACAUGUGGAAAACAAAGGCAACUUUUAAAGACCAACUGAAGUUAAAUUCUUAGUGUUAAUGACCACACUUUACUUUUCAAACCAUGUAGUCAAUAUGUUUUAAGUUUCAAAAUACACUAAAUUUUCUUUGCUGGGGGCUAGAGAUUGUAAAUAGUUUAAUUUGAAGAAAAUGCAUUAACUAGGAUCUUGCUUAUUGUACUUUAAUAAUAAACCAUGUUGAAAUCAUUUAA